CUGGAUACCAUGCUUGAUCUCUUCCUCUUCGCGGCCGUCGCGCUGGCUUGCGCGCCGAUCUUACGAAGCCUGCUCAGCAGAUACCGAAAGGGAGCGGAGGGCGUCAGUGGACAACCAGUCAGCGAAGUGAAAUGUGUAGAGAAGGAGUAUGCAGGCCCUCCGCCUUUCAUCCCCUCACCUACCCCCUUCCCAUCACUCACAGCCGAGACGAUCUCCUCACAUGAGGCUCGCGACCACCUCUUUGCCAACAAGACCAUCCGCCACCCCUACUUUCAGACCAUGGCACACCAGCCCAUGUCACCAGAGCACUGGAUCGAGCCCGACCACCGCUAUCUCUCCGACUUGAAGUACAAGAAGGAGCUCGUAGAAGUGCAGGGAAAGGUCGUCUGCGAUGCUCUGCCUUGCAUCGUAGAGGCUUGUGGUGAGAUGAUGGAUUUGCUCAGUGACUGGCUUGUGAAGAGGUACCCAGGCAUGUUCCAGUGGGAGGCAGGAGCGACAGGAAAGCGCUUGCACAAUCUUGCUACCGACACUCGUCUAUCACUAGUAGACGAGACUACACAAGAGCCGAAAGUGGGCAUCGAAGCUCUGAAAGUCGUCUCCCAGCUAGUGCAAGACGACUUCCUCAUCGCUUUUCCCUCGGAGGCCAAUGACGGCUCGUGGAUCACCGCAGGCGGGCUGGUAUGCUUCCCCGGCUUCUACCUGUUGAGCGAUAAGAUCGGUCUCUCUCUGCACGAUACGCACAACCCAGUCCCGCAAUUCAAUGAGAAGCUCCUCAAGUCCGUCGAGCGAUCCCUCACUCGUCUUCAACCAUCGGCGCCCAUCGAGAGAACGAGUUGGGAGAUUGUUGAGCCGGAGGACGACUUGUUCUGGGCACCUAUGGCUGGUCCGCUGCCCACAAGGCAGGGAAGAAAUGGAGCGGUCGCAAAGCCGAUGAGAGCCUGUCAUGAAUCAGGGCGGAGCGAGGAUGCCUGCAGUAGUGAGGACCCCAGUAAGCUUCUCUUGAGAUUAGACCACCAGACCUUUGUCAAGAUGCCAAAGUCAGGGGCCGUCUUCUUUGGCGUGCAUCCGAUGCGUCGCCCGCUCUCCUCCUUGGCGGAAACGCCACUACUGCCAGCUCUGCUGCUGAAUAUCCACCGGGAUGGCCCGCAGGACUUGAUGGUGUACAAGGGAGCGCCUUCAUACGAGAAGAGCGUGAUACCGUAUUUAGAGAAGCUGAAUCAAGGUCAGCUAGAUUCUGGUAUGAUCAAGGCAGACGAGGUGGAGCAGGCUGGGAGACUCUUCAGGGAGAGAAAACGCUAGGCAUGGGAAGGGUAUACAGGGUCUUUGUAUUUGCAUUCCUUGCCGCUCUGUGAAAGCAUACUCUAGCAUCGCGAUACAAUGUACAAGGGGGCAAUGGCGUCGAAUGAUGCGCUCAUCGCGUGAUCUAUGUUCUACUUCUACUUCUAUCCCAUAGUCAGCCAGGCAACGUAGCUCUUAACCUUGGGCUCCUGACCGCCAUCUAUACCCUCGA